AAACAGGAGCGAGAGAAAGAGCGCGAGAGCAGAGGACCAUCCGCCUUACAGCAGUACACCUCUGCGGACACCCCGAAGACAUCUGCAUUCUCCAGCUAUAACAGUUACUUCGAGAAGAGUUUACGGUGGAUGUAAGAGUUCGCGCAGAGGCAGCUGAAAUGUGCAGAGGAACAGUGAAAGAGCAGCACGGAUGCCAGCGCAACUUCAUACAGCUCAUCGUGCUGCUCGUAGUCAACUGCGGGGCCGAGAUUCCUCCAGACCCGAACGUGGUGGCCGCCUCCAGUUGGAACAUGUCCAGCAGAGCUGAAAGAGAUCACUUCCUAAGGCUGGAUGCUCCCAUGAAUAACAUCACUACCUCCCUUGGUCAGACAGCUGAGUUACACUGCCAUGUUUCAGGGAACCCACCACCCACUGUGCGCUGGCUUAAGAACGAUGCCCCGGUGGUCCAGGAGCCGAGGCGUGUCUCUUACAGGCCCACUCCGUAUGGCUCACGUCUGAGAAUCCGAAACCUGGACACCACAGACACUGGCUACUUCCAAUGUGUGGCUAUCAACACCUACGGCACAGUAUCUACUACAGGAAUUCUGUUUGUGAAGUUUGAUCCGGCACCCACCCCCUUGCCUGGAAGGCCUUUACCAGAGGAUUUUGAUGAGGAAGGUUUCUGUCAGCCAUACAGAGGGAUUGCUUGUGCUCGCUUCAUAGGAAACAGGAGCAUCUUCGUGGACUCACUGCAGAUGCAGGGCGAGAUAGAGACCCAGAUCACAGCUGCAUUUACCAUGAUUGGCACCUCCAAUCACCUAUCAGAUCGCUGCUCCCAGUUCGCUAUCCCCUCCCUCUGUCACUUUGCCUUCCCGACAUGUGACCGCAGCUCUGGCAUGGAUAAACCACGGGACUUGUGCAAGGACGAGUGUGAGAUUCUGGAGAAUGACCUGUGUAAGACAGAGUACAUAAUCGCUCGCUCCAACCCCCUCAUCCUUAAACGUCUCAAACUGCCCAACUGUGAGGACCUGGCCGCUUCAGACAGCCCUGAGGCCGUGAACUGCAUGAGAAUAGGCAUUCCAAUGGCUGAGACUAUAAACAAAGGCCAUAAAUGUUAUAACAGCAGCGGUUCAGACUAUCGCGGCACGGUCAGCGUGACAAAAUCUGGUCGUCAGUGUCAGCCGUGGAACUCACAGUAUCCCCAUAGCCACACCUUUCUGGCCAUGCGCUACCUGGAGCUCAACGGGGGACACUCCUACUGUCGCAACCCUGGCAACAAGCAUGAUGCUCCCUGGUGCUUCACCCUGGACGAGGGUGUACGCAUGGAGCUCUGCGAUAUCCCUCCGUGUGACUUACCAAAGCAUGGCAGCAACAGUAUGGGGAUCCUGUACAUCCUGGUACCAAGUGUGGCUAUACCAUUGGCCAUCGCCCUGCUGUUCUUCUUCAUCUGUGUGUGUCGGAACAACCAGAAAGCCUUGCGUCCACCUGCCCCACGCCAGCCCAAACCUGUACGCGGCCAGAACGUGGAGAUGUCCAUGCUCACGGCCUACACACCAAAGAGCAAAGCCAAAGAGCUUCCUCUGUCUGCAGUGCGUUUCAUGGAGGAGUUGGGUGAGAGUGGCUUUGGUAAGAUCUACAAAGGUCACCUGUACCUGCCAGGCAUGGAACACGCUCAACUAGUGGCCAUCAAGACAAUUAAGGACAUCUCGAGCGCACAAAAUUGGGGAGAAUUCCAACAGGAAGCAUCUGUCCUUGCUGAACUUCAUCACCCCAAUGUGGUUUGUCUGCUGGGCGUUGUGACCCAGGAACAGCCCAUCUGCAUGCUCUUUGAGUUCCUGGCCCAGGGCGACCUCCAUGAGUUCCUCAUUAUGCGCUCGCCCCAUUCAGAUGUGGGCUGUAGCAGCGAUGAAGAUGGUACCAUUAAGUCCAGCCUUGAUCAUGGAGACUUCCUGCACCUGGCCAUUCAGGUAGCUGCUGGAAUGGAGUACCUGGCAAGCCAUUUUUUUGUACACAAAGACCUUGCAGCAAGAAACAUCCUGGUUGGUGAGCAACUUCACGUCAAAAUUUCUGAUCUGGGAUUGUCGAGAGAGAUAUACUCUUCGGAUUAUUACCGGGUCCAGCCCAAAACGCUACUUCCUAUUCGUUGGAUGCCACUAGAGGCUAUCGUCUAUGGAAAGUUCACCACAGACUCUGACAUUUGGGCAUUUGGUGUUGUUCUGUGGGAGAUCUUCAGCUUUGGCUUGCAGCCCUAUUACGGUUUCAGCAACCAGGAGGUGAUGGAGAUGGUGAGGAAGAGACAGCUGUUGCCCUGCCCUGAGGACUGCCCUCCUCGCAUGUACGCAUUGAUGACCGAGUGCUGGCAGGAGGGUCCUGCUCGGCGGCCAAGAUUUAAAGACAUCCACUCCCGUCUGCGGGCCUGGGAGGGCCUGUCCUCCCACGCCAGCUCCAGCACUCCAUCUGGAGGGAAUGCUACCACCCAGACUACCUCCCUGAGCGCCAGUCCCGUCAGCAACCUCAGCAGCCCACGCUACGCCGGCUACAUCUAUGGAGCUCCACCUAGUCUCCAACCAGGACAAAUCGCAGGCUUCAUGGCAGCACCCAUAGCACAAAACCAACGAUUCAUACCUGUAAACGGAUACCCCAUCCCGCCAGGCUAUGCCGCAUUCCCCGCCGCCCACUUUGCUCCAUCCCAGGGCCCUCCGCAGGUAGUGCAACACUGUCCUCCUCCAAAAAGCCGGUCACCCAGCAGUGCCAGUGGCUCCACCAGCACAGGUCAUGUGACCAGUGUCCCAUCUACAGGCUCGAAUCAUGACGCCAACACACCUUUGCUUUCUCAUUGCGUUACUCUGACGCCCAUGACAGCUGUGCCGGGCAGCACAGUUUUUGGACACAUGGCACAGAAGGCCUUGCAGAUAGACCCAUCUCAGGCAGCACUGCUGGCUGACACUAACAGACUGAUGUAUAGUGAAUCUGUUAUCACUGCCGAUUUGUGAAUAAGUUUUCUCCUGUAUAUUGAUAAUUAUUGAUAUUUUAAUGUUUUUUGUUUCUCCUUGUAAAUAUGAAAUAGUCUGAACAAAACAUGAAAGUUUAUAUUUUAAUGUUUUUGUAUAAAUGUCUUUGAAAAGAAUGGAAACUCUUUUCAUCUCUUGAAUACAUCGCAUUACAGGAAUAGUUCAGUCAAAAAUGAAAAUGUUGUCAUUUCUCACCCUCAUGCUGUUCCAAACACAUAUUACACAAUUGUUUCCAUGGAACAUGAAAGCUGGUGUUAGGCACAAUGUUGGUAUCAUUGUGAGAAAAAAAGAUGCAAUGAAAGUUAAUGGUGACUGAGACAAUCAUACUGCCUAACAUCUCCUUUAGUGUUCCACAGAAGAAAGAAAGUCAUACAAGUUUGCAACAAUAUGGGGGUGAAAAGGAUGACAGAAUUUUUAUUCUUGGGUGAACUUUCCCUUUAAUACAAUAUAAAAGCUGAAACAUAUUCUCUGUGAAGGUUCAUGCCGCUGGCUGUGUCAAAACUGUCUUUCAUGUAAAUUUAACGUAUGGCAGAACAGACUGCACCAUAAAAAGGAGUGAAAUCAUGCCCCGUUUUGGUUUUCUGCCUCUGUAAUGCAGUUACUAAAAGACUGUCCUUCUUCACUCACUGACGACUUAAAUGCUUCCAUGUAGGCUUCAGACUGACAUUAUAUAAGAUGUUGUUCUCUGUCAAGUUGUUGCAAGAAGUUUUUAUUGGAUGUAUUAUUAUUGAUGUUGCAUUGACAUCUUUAGAAGACUUUCCAGAACUAUGGAAUACAACUUUUCAACAAUGCCUUACAACUUUUGCAUACAAUGGCACUUUUGGACACUUAAGUCACAAAUAAAAAUGUAUGAAUGCCAUUGCAUUAGAAAAACUAUUAAGCCAAGUGUCAUCUGCAAACAAAUGAUGAUAGACCUUUUCUUAGAACUAACUUUACUUUCUUUUAACCCAGUGGUUCUCAAACCUGUCCUGGAGGCCCCUCAACACUACAAAUUUGGAUGUCUCCUCAAUCAAACUCACCUGAUUCAACUCAUCAGCUCAUUAGUGGAGACUCCAAGACUUAAAUUGGGUGUCUCAGAAAUGGGCAACAUGCAAAAUAUUUGAGAACCACUGCUUUAACAAACUGGUCUAAAAGUGAUUUUUAGUCAAAGUUCCCUUCAAGAUUGUGUAUUUUUGCUAUAUUUAAAAAAAUAAAUGUUUUGGUUAAUAUUAGAGAUCGGCCGAUAUUGGUUUUUAAUGACCGACACGAUACUCACUAUUUUUGUGUUUAACUGUCCGAUAAGCAAUAUGGAUAACCAAUCAUUUCAUUGUUUUAUUUCUACUUUUAUGCACAAUAACUACUUAAUCAUUUAUCACUAAUCUCUGAAUGAGAACUGCUUUACAAAACUACCAGUAAUUUUGUGCACAAAGUGUCUAAGAAUAAUUAUAAUUAAUAUAACUAGUUUUAGUUGCAAUAUACACUUGUGCAAAGCCCCUCACUUAAUGAAUAUUUAAGAUUUAAAGUCUUUUGUGUCUAAUUUUAUCUGUAAACCUGAUAUCAAAGAACCGAUAACCGAUUAAGUGGAAAAGUGUAAAUAUCGGCAAAAAAUAUCGGUCAAACCGAUUAUCGGUCUAUCUCUAGUUAAUAUUUUAUAAAUUUUAUUUGAGGCCACAGCAUAUCACCAGUGCCUUAACCAGAGAAAUAUUAUCAUGUCCCUAUAAUUUUGACCACCAUAUGUGCCUGCGUUUAAUUAUAAAUAAUUUAGGCAUACAGUAUGUACACGUGGGAGAUAUUUUGUUCUGUGACAGUCUUGUUCUGUUACUGUGGUUUUACUGCAAUUAUUUCAACACACAAAACACCUCACCUUUUCAUAAUUAUUUCUUGUCAUUGAAUGUUGCCUGAGGCCAUAAUACAGCUUACCUACAGACAUGUCAGGAACACAUUCAGUUCCUGUGUAUAGUCUAUUUUGUGCCUUAACCUGCAGUCUUUUUGAAAAUAGACAUUGUUUAAACUAUAAAAAUUACAUUUAUUAUUUUCAUUCCCAUCUGAAUUAGUCAUCAACUUAUCAGAUCACUGUUUGGCAAAGCACAGGCCUAUGUCAAUGCAAUUAUAAAGGAUGCAGACCCUGAUAGCACUCACUACCUGUAGAAUGUAAUGUCUCAAAAUUCCUCUAGAGGUCAGUGUCACUCUAUGGCUUUGAAUGAAGUUCUUUACAUUUUUCACGUAUGGAUUUCCAUGGUAAUACUGAAUGUGCCAGCUUUUUUCAGCUAUUGUUUGACGUUUGUUUACUUCGCAGUGUGAGUUUUGUAGUUUAUUUUGACUCUCAAAUUUUCACAGAAACAUGGAUGAAAUAGAUUAUAUAGUUUUAUUAGCAAGCAGCUAUAUAUGUCAUGUUCAUUUUCAUUGUGGUUUGUUGCUAUGCAACUGUUUAAUUCAGACAAUCAAGAAUAGGCUAUAUCUUUUAUGCAGGGUACAGUGUUUGUGAAGACAUGAUUGCUUGUGACCUAUGAAAUAGUUUGUGGACAGUUUCAUAAUGUAUGACAUUUCAUGAACAGAUGUUAUGCAUGGAAAGUGUAUGUUCAAAUCGAUGGUUUAUUUUUGUAUGGUUUUGUGACACAAUUUUACACCAGUAUUGCAGUCUUUUUAUUGUAUACCUGACCAUACAGUGUGUUGACAUUAUAAA